AUGGCGUCCGAUCAGGACAACUCCGGCCUCGAUGCGCCCGGCUCACAAUUCCACCGACCAAUCUUGCAAUCUAUGCCCGAUACGCGACAGCAGAGCUUUGACGAGAUCUACGGUCCUCCCGAGAACUUUCUAGAGAUUGAGGUCCGCAACCCAAGAACACACGGCAUGGGCCGUCACAUGUACACAGACUACGAAAUCCUCUGCCGCACAAACAUCCCCGCCUUCAAGCUCCGCCAGAGCAGCGUCCGUCGUCGAUACUCUGACUUCGAGUACUUUCGCGACAUUCUCGAGCGCGAGAGCGCCCGCGUCACUAUCCCUCCUCUGCCCGGAAAGGUCUUCACCAACCGCUUCAGCGACGAUGUUAUCGAAGGUCGUCGCGCAGGCCUCGAGAAGUUCCUCAAGAUCGUCGUCGGUCAUCCCCUCCUGCAGACGGGGAGCAAGGUCCUGGCUGCCUUUGUUCAGGGUUGA